AUGGCAUCUUACCUCGAAAACCGCGAACAUCGCGCCUCUACAGGCGUCUCGAUCCCCCUCAAAGACCUUGAAUCCGCUUCGACAGAUACAAACAAUGAUCAUACCGCCCGCUGGAACGGGUUCUCAAGAUUUCACCCGUCCAAUAUACUCGCCAAUCCAAAUACCUCACAAAAUGAUUGGCUAGCUACCGCAGAAGACAUAUGGCUUGGAUUAACAAUCGCGCUCACCCCCAGUUUCCUACAACAAUAUGUGGGCGUUGAGCCGCCUCAACCGACAAAGCUACAUGCGAUUGCUGCACUCGAUGGACUACGAGGCUGGGCCUGCUUGCUUGUGUUCAACUUCCACUUCCUAUUUACGUACACAUGGGAAGUUGCGGUCGGAUGGGGAUUUGCGGGCGAGAAUUGGGGAAUCCAUCAGUUGCCUUUUGUUCAUAUGUUGAUAUCUGGUCAUAUCAUGGUAGCGAUCUUCUUCGUGAUCUCGGGCUAUGUUCUUUCCUACAAACCGCUGAAGACGAUAAGGUCUCGCUCCUUCGACCAGACUUUUACUGUGCUUGCAUCAUCAACGUUCAGACGGGCGCUCCGCCUCUAUAUUCCGUCCCUUAUCGGCUUGGCUUGUGUUUUCAUCGCAGUUCGGCUUGGAGUUUACAACUACUCCUGGGGUGUCAUUAAAGAGGGUCGCACGAUUCUCGGGACCAAUGAACAACAUCCGCUGGUCUACAAAUCUCUUUACAAGCAAUCUUGGGACUGGUAUUACACCGUGGCUCGUCUCAUCAACCCAUUUGAUUGGGGACUCUACUACAACAACUACAAUCCGCACCUCUGGACUAUUCCUGUUGAAUUCCGCUGUUCGCUUGUGCUCUUCCUUACCACCCUGGCAACCUCUCGUCUCAUUUCUCCCGUGCGAAUGACUCUCGUCGCAAGUCUCACCUGGUUCUGCAUGCGCUAUGGCAGAUGGGACGUCGUCUUGUUCCUCGUGGGCAUGCAGAUGGCGGAAUUAGAUCUGAUUAAUGGAACCUGGGAGCGACCCGCCAUUCCUUCAGUAGGCACCGAUGAUACCUUGCACAUCCGUUUCCCCGCGGAGGCAAAAUGGCUUUGGGAUAUAACUCCCUGGACGUAUGGAGAGCCCCACCGAUUCCCACAAACGAUUGGUGCGGCCUUAAUCGUUUUCAGCAUCAAUCAUUCGCCCGUAAUCCAGAAGCUUUUCACCAAUCCGCUCUCUCAAUAUCUGGGCAAAAUUUCAUAUGCCUUUUACAUUGUCCACGGACCUAUUCUUCACUCUGUUGGGUACUCUAUCAUGCCUAACAUUUGGGAAAUUACAGGCAAGGAAACCAACUUCCAAUAUUGCUUGGGAUUUUUGAUUGGCUGGCUUAUUUGUUUACCUAUUUCUAUUUGGGCUGGUGAUUUAUUCUGGCGUACUGUCGAUAUCCCCAGUGUCAAGUUUGCUCGUUGGCUCGAAGAUCAACUUAUUGCCAAAGGCGCUUCUGUGUCUACAACCCCCAGUCUGGUCACACCAAGGUCCCAGACUCCACGAGAUCAAUAG